AUGUGGGGUACUUUCAAUGGCGCUGAGGCGAAGCUACCAUUGUGCGACGGCGACGACGACCAUGAAGCGAGCUCUUCCGGCGAUGGCGGCGAGGACGGCGUUCUCUUUGUUCCAGAUCCCGUUUUCGAUCUCACCGCGCUGCAGCAGAAGGCGGUGAUGCCUUGUCUGACGCAAGACCAGCUCCCUCUUGGUGCGACGGUGUGGGUGGUUGACGAGGACGACGUGGCCACGCAGCUGACCUGUAAUUUUAGCGCAUCGUACCCGCCCGUCUGCAACGGUCGGCUAUGCGGCGAGGUGGUGCGGCAUACCGGCCACAUGACGCUGGUCCGCUUCCGAAGUAAGGCGUCGGACUUGUACUUCACGCUGUGCCUGCCAACGUCGUGUCUGUCGCUGCAGCCAAUCGAGCCCUACGAUAGUGCGCCGCAUCAUGACGACUCCUACGGCCUCGGCUCCGGUGCGUACGGCAUGCUUGGACCUCGAGCUGCCUGUCGCGGGGGCGCGGAAACGUGUGGGAACGACGGCUGCGUGGGCCACUGCCUAUUCGAAGCGAUGCCGGCGUAUGACUUUGAGAAGGUGCGAGGUACGACACUGGAGAAGGCACAGGAGGCGUUCUUUGGGGGCUUCUUCGAAAAAGCGCUGACCUCCGUUAACGAGUACAUCGACGCUCAGCCGACGUCACCGAUCGCAAGCACAAGCACUGACACAGAUGCAAGCGCCAACCUUGCCACUUCCGGCGACGCACCCCCAAAGGCGGCUGCACUCGUAGACGCCCUAAUCCUGCGCUCGCGCAUCUUCGUCUUUCUCGAACGCUACCACGAAGCCCUCGUCGACGCGCAGCGGUGCGUUCAGUUAGAGCCGCGAUGGGUGCGCGGGUAUUUGAGCGUGGCGCGCGCGCACUGCGGGCUCGGUCAGUUCAGCGAGGCCGCCGCAGCCACCGGGCACGCGUGCAUCAUUCUGCCCUACAGUUUGGAGCUAGAGCGAAUUAGGGAGUUGAACAAUCACAUGCACUACCUUCAGUCUCAGCUGCGGGCCGAAAAGGCGAGCUGCUACUUGGUUCUAGACUGCUACUAUCGCAAGCGACUUUGCGUCAAGGCUUCUGUGACAGCGGAGACGGUGCUCUGCACGGAAGCCACGCCGAUCGUUGCAACGCACUCGGUAUUUGUAUCCAAGGAACCGCCACACCGCUGCCCCGUCUGUUUUCGCGUCUUCAGCACGUCUGAGCAACCGGGCAGCGUGGUGCUGACCCCGGAAGCUGCGAACACCCCACCCACCAGGGAUAUCUCACCGCCGCCCUCCUCACCGGGGGGUACAGACAUGGAUGACGACGUUGAGUACUGCAGCACUGAGUGCACGCAGCGGGCGAGUCUUUACCGGCCGCUGGAGCUGAAGCAUCGCGCCCCGCUGGCGCAGGUGCGGUCGUUGAUCCUAUCUAAAGGCGCCGUCACGCUCAACGUGCUGCCGCUCGAGAUGGCCGCCAUGACGGUGCGCCUCUUCCUAAUGGUCGUUACGAUUCACCGCCGUCUGUCCGCCAAGCGGCGAAUCGAGGACUCGAGCCGUCGAAAUGUCGACGGUGAGGCGCCGUGCUCCUGCCAUGACAAGACGCGCACAUGGCCUGAUGUGGACGCGCAUCUGGGUGGCGCACUAGUCAGCUCGCAGUGCCCCUCGCCGUCGCCCCCUGUGCGAGUCGAGACUUCCCUGCGGCGGCUCGGUGUCUACCCGCUCUGCACGGAGCCUAUCGCGCACAACAAACUGGACGAGCUGAAGAUCGUGUACGACACGCUCACGGCGGACUUCAAGGCCGAAGACCGCGCCAUCUUUUCCUACGAGGUCCUGUCGCAGCUCUAUGCCUAUGUCUCAGCGUACUUCACCCCCGUAGACUUGAACUCGCUUCAGCCGCCGGACUCGUCAGGAGGCACCCCCGCGCAUCAGACCGUCUUCUACCUGCCUCACUACGUGGGAUGUAUCGAGACGGCCAAGGUCAUAUCCUACACGACGUCUUCACGGCGCCGGCGGUCGAACGAGGAGUCGGCGCAGGCCGAGAAUGAUCUGCUUGCCUCCCGCGUAACGGAGAGACCUUCAAUGAGUGAGAUGACCGUGCCGAGCAGUACGCAGAGCAGCUCCACCCACAGCCACUCGAGCAUUACCAGCACCGCCACCAGUGACGCGAACGAUCUCGCCGCGGCAAGUAUUAGCGACUCGAAUUGUAUGGUGCGCAUGGGCCGGCCUCCAGCGUUGCUCGAGUUGGUCACGGUAGUCCCAGUGAACCGAGAGCGAAAGCUGCGUUGUGUCCCCGUGACAAUCGCACUUGACUCCGAUGUGGCGUAG